AUGACAGUGAACGCUCCCACCCCUCAUUUGCGCGUGGCCAUCAUCGGCGGUGGACCCGGCGGGCUCGGAACAGCCAUUGCCCUUUCCAAAAUCCCAAAUGUUACAGUCACUAUCUACGAGCAGGCGAGUUUAUUAAGGGAAGUAGGCGCUGGUAUUAGUAUUGCUUCGAAUACGUGGAAUGUAUUGGAGUUACUAGGCGUUGCCGACACGCUGACUAGCGGCCAUCCAACAUGGACAAUUUUAAACAUGAAUGGACGUUCUGGGGAAGAACUUGAUCGCCGUGAGAAAGUAAGGGACACAACCAAACGUCCUCCGGUUCGCACCCAGCGGACCAAGCUUCAAUCGGCCCUCUUGGCACACGUGAAGCCCGGUGUGAUACAACUCUCUAAAAGACUGGCUCGAAUGAUUGAUAAAGGUAGUGAAGGCAUUGAGUUACAUUUCGAGGAUGGUAGUACUGCGACGGCUGAUUUACUGGUUGGCGCCGACGGCAUUAGAUCGGUUGUCCGAGAUACGGCUUGGCCAGAUUACGAAAUCAAGUUUACCGGCACAACCAUAUGGAGGACCCUUUUGCCAUGGGAUGACGUGAAGGACCUAGACCCUCGUUUUGAGACCACUGGAUGGUGGCACACUCCAACCACACAUGUCUACUUUUCUCCGGUCGGAGAAGGACUUUGGGAGAUAGCCUCCAGGGCGUGGCAAGAUCCAGCAAUUCAUAGUGCGAAUAAGAAGAGUUGGGGUGUUCCGGUAGAGAAUGCUCACGUCGAGUCGCAUUUCACAGAAUAUCUUCCUCAAAUUAGGGAAGCACUCGCGCGAGUACCUCCCGGCGGCUGGCGAGAGUUCGCUGCCUUCGCAGGACCUGAGCUUGCUAAACUCACAGCAUGGGAUAAUAAAGUCGCACUGGUAGGGGACUCGUCGCAUGCCUUAUCGGGGGCUUUCGGUUCGGGAGCGGGGUUCGCGAUGGAGGACGGUUUCAUUUUGGCGCAAAGUCUCGCGUACUGGAAGAAUGAUCUCAAUAAGGCAUUGCCUUUGUUCGAUGCCAUUCGAUUGCCUUAUUACUCGCGGAUGUAUGCACAUCUUGCUUCCGAGGCUGACCGACGUGCUGUAAAGCUAAAGUCCUUGGGGAACCCAUCAUUUGACGAGCGUGUCAAAAAUAAGAUUAUUACAGAUGGUGGGAAAGACAUGUCAUGGAUCUACACGCAUGAUAUUGGUGCCGUUUGGAAGGAAUGGGUUAAGCGUCUUGAAGAAGCUCACUAA